UCCCCCCGCGGCGUCGUCGUCGCCGCCCCAGUGCAUUGUGGGCGCAGUCCGUUGUUCAUUUGCCAUUCGACCUGGGCCGGGGCCUGGCGUUUGGGGCGGAAGGGAGGACUGAGCCGGAUCUAUUGUGGGAGGAGGAGGAAGAGGAGGCUGUGGCAACCGACAACGACCUCAGGGAUAGAGAGAGAGGGGGGCAUAUAUAUCUACAGUAUAUAUAAGACUUUACAGCCCCGUCCUUUCAAUUUUUAAAUUUCCGGAAAGGCCGGCUGGCUGGCUGACUGACUGACUGGAGGGAGUGAGUGACUGGGAGGAAGGGUGCUGCGCGGCCUCCCUCCCGCCGCCUUGAUCCGUCAUAGGAGGGGGAAGGGGGGAGGGGGAGGGAGGGAGGGAGCGCGGGGCAGUUGGGCGCGCGGCAGGGACAGGGCGGGGGGCGCGCGCGCUCGCUCACCCGCCCGCCCGCCCGCCAUGUUCGCCGAGAUGAACCGCAGGACCUUGGCGUUCCGUGGGGGCGGCCUGCUCAGCGCUGCCGCCGCCAAUGCCGCCAAUGCCAUUGCCUCCGCCGCCUCCUCCUCCGCGACGGCUAACGGCACCCCGGACCCAGAGGAGGCCUGGGUCCGCCCGGAGCCCGAGCCUGUGCCCGGCCAAGGGGUGGAGGAGGAAGUGGAGCUCGCCACCGUGGAGCUGGAGGCGUCCGAGCUGGAGGCCCCGAGCGAGGCCAAGGAGGAGGAGGAGCAGCUCCUGCUGGGCCCCGCGGCCGCCCCGGUGGGCCCCAUGUUCGCCGAGAGGAACCGCCGGACCUUGGCCUUCCGCGGCGGAGGAGGAGGGGGAGCCUCGGGGGCGGCGGCGAACAAUGGCUGCGAGGCGGGGGCGGCCUGGCCCCGGCGCCCGCUGAACGGCCGCGACGAGGAGCUGGAGCUCUUCCUGUCCGGGAAGGAGCUGGCGCAGGACGGGGGCUCGCUCAGCGACAGCAGCGACGACGACGAGGACGGCGAGGAGGAGGGCAGCUGCAGCAGCGGGCACAGGUCCGGCGGGGACGAGGCUGAGGCCGAGGCGGGGGACGCGCUGCCGGCCUUCCCGCUGCCCUCCCGCCCCCAGUCGCUGCUCCAGAAGCUGCACGUCUCCUUCCAGAGCUCUUGGCUCAAGGAGUUCCCCUGGAUCCAGUACUGCCAGCAGACCGGGCUCGUCUCCUGCGCCUGGUGCGCCGCAGCCGCCGCCUCUUCCGCCGACAGCAACGGCAGCGGGGGCCACGACGAGCUGUGCAAGGGCACCCGCAGCUACCGCCGCGCCCUCCUGCUCCGGCACCACCUCUCCGCCGAGCACCGCCUCAACGAGCCCGUCUCUGCUGAGCAGGAAUCAGAAAUUACAUCAGAAUUAAUUAAUGAAACAGAUUGUGAUUACAAUGUUAGGCCAAAUGAGAACUCUUACUGCUAUCAACUAUUGCAAGAAUUAAAUGAACAGAGGAAAAAGGGCAUUCUGUGUGAUGUUAAUAUUGUGGUGAGUGGAAGAGUCUUUAGAGCUCAUAAAAACAUCCUGGUUGCAGGCAGCCGUUACUUCAAGACUUUAUAUUGCUUUACAAACAAAGAAAACCGUAACCAAACCACUGUUACCUACUUAGAUGUUGUUGCUGUUCAAGGCUUUUCUGUCAUCUUGGACUUUCUGUAUUCUGGUAACCUUGUGCUUACAAGCCAGAAUGCAAUUGAAGUGAUGUCAGUGGCCAGCUACCUUCAAAUGACAGAGGUUGUUCAAUCCUGUCGCAAUUUUAUCAAAGAUGCCUUAAAUAUAAGCAUAAAAUCAGAAGCACCGGAAGCUGUAGUUGUGGAUUACAACAGAAGGUCCAUUAGUAGGGAUCAGAAAGUUGCUAGUUUUUGGGCCACGCGAAAUCUUACUAACUUGGCAAGCAGCAUAAAAACUGAAAAUGAUGGCUACUGUAUUGAUGAGAGUCAGUCUGAAAACUACCAAAUGAACGAUUGGGUCCAGGACAGCUCACCUGAAAUGGCUGAAAAUGAAUCUCAAGGAGAAGGGAAGGUCUUUGUAUGGAAUGAUAUAAGCUCACAGGGACAAUCACUUCAAGAACCGGGAAAAGCUAGAAGGAAAAACCAAGCUGCAAAAAGGUUUGUUUACAAUAUACCACCCAAUAAUGAAGAAACUUUAGACGACUGCUCAACUACACAGGCAUCAAUCCAGUACCCAGAAGACUUGCAGUUCAUAAAAGAAGAAGCAGGUUCCUCAAAUGAUUUCAAGUUUGGUAUGUUUCCUGGUAUUUCAAGUGAUUUCAAGUUUGGAUUGCUACCAGGCACUUCAAAUGAUUUCAAAUAUGGCUUGUUACCUGAAUCCUGGCCCAAGGAAAACUGGGAAAAUGGUGACUCUUCUUUAAUCAUGAAUAAACUGAAGUGUCCACACUGUAACUAUGUAGCCAAAUACAGAAGAACACUAAAGAGACAUUUGCUCAUACAUACUGGAGUAAGAUCAUUCAGCUGUGACAUUUGUGGAAAGCUAUUUACUCGCAGAGAGCAUGUAAAAAGACAUUCCUUGGUUCACAAAAAAGAUAAAAAGUACAAAUGUAUGGUGUGUAAGAAGAUUUUCAUGUUAGCAGCCAGUGUUGGAAUAAGACAUGGAUCUCGACGUUACGGUGUUUGUGUUGACUGUGCAGAUAAAUCUCAGCCAGGAGGGCAAGAAGGAGUCGACCAGGUACAGGACACAGAUUUUCCUAGAGAUGAAGAGUUUGAAGAAAAUGAAGUGGGCGAUGCUGAUGAAGAGCUGCCCGAUGAUGUGGAAGAACAGAAUGACCAGACUCGAUGGGAUGAAUCUGGGGAAGUCUGUGUGCCUUUGGAGGACUGAGGGGGCUUGGUUUUAGAGGAUGCUUUAUCUUGACGUCAUAUAGACUGACCAUACUGAAUUUUUGACUGAAGGCUUGGAAAAUAUGGUACAGGCUGUAUGGAAGUUAUGUUGCUGUGAAAAUAGUAGAGUCAAAGCCUUAUAGCAAAAAAAGAAAAAAAGGAUUAUUAAUUUUUUAAAAGAUAUUUGCACAGGACUGUAAAGCAUACAGCCAUUUGAUUGAAUUAUAGAGUCCUCACAUCUACAGUCAAUUAUCAAAAGAAAAUGUAUUUUUUAUUAUUUAUAGGAUAUAGCUAUUUGGGUUUUAAUCAAACAUAGUAUUAACUGUGUUUGUAUUAUACGUUCAUGUGUCCUGUAACAUGAAUGAAGCAAAUUGCAAUCUUUGGAGAUGGCUCCCUUGAUUCCAAUCAUAGAACAAAUGUGGCUAAUUUGGGCUAGUGGCUCAUUUUUUCCUUAAACCUCCCUUGCCUUCCCCUCAAUGGUCCAAAUAUCUUGAUAGUAUGGCUCUAUAUCACUUAUCAGUAUCAAGAUGUGAUUUGGACAAACAGUCCUGGAGAACUUAAUCAUUGAUAUUUAAUGUACUAUCUUGGCUUUAGUAUCUUGAAUUUUCAAAAAGCUCACUCGUUCACCAAAUAUACAAUAAUGACUUAAAACUGCAAGGAGGAUUGUGAUUGGAAUGAAAGAAUUUUUCUCCUUGUUACUUAACUUUAUAUUAGACACUUUUUGGCAUGGCUGCCCUUCUUUUAAUUUAUGUUUUGUUAGCACUAUUCGUAUUGGCUAUCGUUUUUAUUCACUACUGUAUACCUCAGUCCAUCACAAAGCUUAGAGUCAUAGAAUCUGAGGAAGGGUACAAUAAAAAAAAUGUAAUUGGCUUCUUCUGGUUUAAAAUCGUUCAACCCAAUUUAUUUGCUUUUGUCUAGUUUUAUUAUUUGGAAAAUUAGACAUGAGGCUGUCUUUUGUGCCCCACUGCUCUUCAUUAAAGAAACACAAAAUGAACCUUUGCUUCUCUCCUAUUUUGGGGGUUCUUUUAUAUACCAAACAAACUACAUUUAACUUGGCAGCUUAAUUUGCUGGAACUUUUUUUUAAUGUUAGUAUAACUGCUAGAGCUAUUUAUCCCCAAUGCUCUUUGCUUCUGUUUUUGGAUGAGAUGUUGAAACUUGAAUUUUUGUAGCCAUAAAUCUUUUCUAAACUUGUUAUAUUGUACCAAUGAUUUCAGGCCUUUUUUCUGAGGGAAGGGAGGGUAUUGCACCUUUUUAUGCUUAGAAUUCUCAGCUUCAUCUAGUCUGAAUGCAAGUGAGCUACCUGAAUUUUAGACACUGCAUUCACUAUAUUACUAUGUCACAAUGAAUAAAUAUGCACAGCAUUUACCAUAACACAUAGCUAGGCCAGUGUGAUAGUACUGUAUUAUAAGUUAAGGGGUCACCAUAUUUGAGUUUGUUAACUUUAAAAUGAGUAUAUUUUCCUAUUUUAUAUCUGAGAACUAAAUUAUGGUAGUUGUGUGGUAAACUUAAUUGCUUUGACAGAUAGAAUCUAAAUGGUGCUCCAUCUGUUCAAAGUUGAUAUAUAUAUAAAUAUAUUUAAAGAGACAGCUUUAUUAUCCCUUAUUUCAGUACAACAAUGAAUUGAUGUUAGACACUGUUUCUGCAGAGUGAAACAGCAGUUGCAUAAUAUGGGUAUUAAAUUGUAUAACCUUUUCUAUCCAAAUCCUUCAUUGGUAGAUUCCACAUCACUGUAAACCUGACAGAUGGAUAGUUCUUGGGUUUUGUUUUUUUAAAAAACUGAAUACAUCUUAUUCUCGUUCUAGACUGAAAUGAGUAAUGUGUAAUUCUGGUGGGUCCAAAGUAGAAAAUAGUGGGCAAAGAUAAUAUGAAUGGGAAGUAUUUUAAACGUUAAGUAAAUGUUCUGCUCUGUGAAUAUGUAAGUUAUAGUAUGAAGAUUCUUCGAUCCCAUUUAUUCCCCUUAAAAUAGUUUACAAUUGGUAGAUCUACGUGCAUAUAUAUACCUAUAUAUAUAUGUCCGAAAUCCACCUAAAUCUGCUUUAUUAGAACAUACUACUCACUUAAUGCUUAAACUGGACCUGGCUUUACAUUCUUAAUGUAUUUUACUUAUUCUCUUGAAAACGAAUCUCCUUUUGCUACUUAAAUCAUUUAUGUAUAUCUGGUAAAUUAUGACCAAAUUUGUUGUUAGAUUGCAUACAGUAAAUUGAAAUAUACACUUGGUACACUACAGAAUUGUUGUGCUUUUUAUUUGGGUUAUUUUGUGGGAGGGGAGAAAAGUUGAGCAGACACACUCUCAAACAUUUCUUCUAAUGAUAAUGGAUAAAAUCUCUGGUCAACCUUGGUAUUUUAAAUAGUAUGUCUCAGUGUUACCUUUUUGUAGUUGUUGCUUGUUUCAAAACAUGCUAUCUAUGAGCAUUAUCAGUAUAGAUGUUAGGAAUAUACAAACAAAUCAUGAAUAGCCAAGAUAUCUGUGCUAGUGUUCAUUAGAUUUUUCUUUUCAUUAAGUAAAAUGUUUGAUAUGAAGUCCACUAGCAGGCAUUUUGUUCAUUCUGCAUUUUCAGAAAAGUUAUUGUUUAUGAACCAAGACAGCAGUUUUUGCAUUCUUUAAGUCUAUUUCAUCAAGCAAACCAAACAUCGUUUUAACGUUUAUUUAGAAACUGAUUAAGUUCGGUUCUCCAAAUAUUUCUGGUUCUGAUUUUGUACAAAAUUAACUAUCUUGGUUAGGUCUUAGGUUAAACACCUAAUCAUUUUUGUUAUUAUCUUGCUUUUCUUGCAAAGGAGGCCCGCCCACUUGGGAAACCUGACCGUGUUUAAAGUUAGCCUACACAACUUCCCAAAUUUAUGUUUUAAAGUUAUGUGAUUUUGCAAUGCACUAUGAAAUCUUGUUUGUAUUUGUCCAUUAGAAGACACAAUGAAUACACUGAUGGCCACUAAGUAGUACUGUAAAUACCACUACCCAACUUUUGCUUGUGGUCAAAAAGAGAAGUAGUGAAUCAACUUUUGAAAAAAAAAUGCGGCCAAAAUACGUCUUCCAUGCUUUCUUUCUCUGCAUGCUGCUAUAGCAAUGCCACAUAUCAAAUGCUUGACAAAAGCUUUUCACUUUUUGAAAUAAAUGGAAAAUUUGCUAUAAAUCACUUCUUUAAAAUACAGCAUAAAACUGAAUUGGCGACAAUUGUGAUAUUUUGCAAAGAAGUAGCGUGACUCCCAAAUCUGGCAUGUGCCUUUUUUUGGGAGGGGGGCGGGCAUUCUUUUCUAUGAUGAUACUGUGAAAAAAAUGCCUUUGAAUUUUUAAAAAGAAAUCAAACUGCCACUAAGUUUUCAAUAGUUUCAUCUUACUUACCAAUUCCUCAAAGUGGGAGGGGAUUAUUAACCUGACUAUGAUUUUUGAAAAUUUUUGAUGUCACUUAGGAUGUCAUGCAAACCCCAUUCUUUAAUGUAUGCUGACUAACGUGAUAUUUCAUUUGAUGAAUAUUUGUUCAUGUACAACCUAAAGGGCUUAAAAGUCAGCCUCUGAAAAGCUCAGGAUACAUCAGUGCCUCUCUUCUUUUUUUUAAGGAGUUUUCCUGCAACAAAGAACUUAAUUUUAACUUAUCUUGUGAUAUGAGCUUUUUAAGAUGUAGUCCUAGCUCUAAGACCCAGAGGAAGUCUAUGAUGAACAAAAUGUAAUUUAUUCAUUUGAGGAAACAUUUGAAAAGAGAUGUUCUUAUAGUAGGUGAACAGAUAGACAACUGCUUCCUGAGGUUAGUUCAUCGAUGCAUGUUUUGCUGUUGAAACAUGGGGAGGACUCUUUCCAUUUUCUCUCUGCAGUACAGAUGCCACAUUAACUUGAGACUUCAAAUGGUUGAGGUCACUGGACAAACAGUUAACUUGGCUUUGCAGAAAAUUCAUGUCCUUUUCCUUUUCAGCAAUCUGGGUAAUUGAAAAAGGUGUGUUAAUUCUAAAUACUGCAAUAAAACUGUUACAAAGGAAAUAAAAAA